AUGACCUCUUCGCCUGGGAUCGAGCUCGUGCUCGAGACUCCAGGCGCUGGGCCAUCGCGCCGUGCUCCGUCCACCCCGCCGCCGCUCCCUGACCCCUUGUUGGACGAAGACGACGAGGACGCCGACCGCGAGCUGUUUCUGCGAAGGCAAAAGGAGUACACCGACCUGGAGCGGUCGGUGGAGGCCUCUGCCGAGCUGCUGACGUCGCUGGCCUCGUAUCUCACCACUUUCCAGGACAACCUGUCCGACGUCUCGGGCCAGAUUGCCGACUUGCAGGCGCGGAGUGACGAGAUUGAGAGGCAACUGAAGGGACGACGCGUCAUCCUGCCACCUCUGAAUGCGCUGCUGUCCGACCUCAUCAUCCCGACCUCCCUCGUGCUCACGAUCCGCGACACGGAGCCAAGCGCCAACCCCACUCUGUGGCUACAGGCCGUUGCUGAGCUCGAGGACAAGAUGGUGGCCGUCAAGUCGCGCGGCAGCAAGGUCAAGGCUGCGCGCGAGCUCGAAAGCGUCAUCGAGGGCCUGUCGCUCAAGGCAAUGAAUGCCCUGCCGCCGUUCCUCCUCACCCUCAUCCGCCCACUUCGCUCUGCCUCCAAGGGCCUGAGUACCAACUUGGCGGUGAUGCAGACGUCUCUGCUGCUCAAGUAUCAGCCGUUCUACGCCUUUCUGUUCCGCCAGUCGCCCCGACACGCCAAGCAGGUCGAGCGCGGCUACGCCAAUGCGGCGCGCGCAUACUAUGAGACGGGCAUGAGGCGAUAUUCACGUGCUCUGACUCAGGUCCGGGCGCGCGUGGUGGAAAAGCACGAGCUUGUCGGCGUCGUCAGCUCUGAAGAAGCCGCAGCGUCGACUGGCAAGACCCCCGCCAGCGUCAAGCAAAUGUACGAGCGGCUCCAGUUUGCCGAUCUCGACAUUGACGGCGAUGCUGGCGCGGUCAUUCUCGCGUACAUGGUCGACGACAAGGAGCUGACUGUGCCCAUCGAGGCACUGUUCCGCUCUCUCGGUCUCGUGCUGCUCGACAAUGCCUCGGCAGAGUUUACCUUCCUCGUGCGCUUCUUUGCACCCACCUCGAUCACACCAUCGUCGGCCCAGCACCGCGAACGUGUCCGGUCACACGAAACGACCCCUGUCGACUCGCCCGUCCUCGGCCCCGUAUCCGAGGCAGGUCGCUCACGUGUCGGUCGGCGACGGAACGGCGCGGCCGCCACGCCAGACCCAUCAGAGGGCCUCAAGGAGGCCGAGCGGAUCUGGCACGAGGUGUUCGACUCGGCCCUCGAGUACUGCACAGCCUUCUUUACCACCACUCUCACCCCGACUCCUCCCAACUCGAUCCCCUUGCUCACCCUCAUUCGCCUCAACGACAAGCUCAUCGCCACCGCCGAGAGCCGUGGCGCGUCCCCACUCGUGCCAUACCUCACGGGCUGGAAGAUGCAGCUCUGGCCCCUGUACCGCAAGUCGAUGGACGCGCAUAUCGAGAGUAUCAAAGUCCUCGCCGACCAGGCCGAGGGUAAAGGUAUUGCCGGGUUCAUCGGCAAGGGUGUCAAGGACGGGCAGGUUCGCGCCGUGGCUGUCAAGUAUGCCGCCGUGUUCUCGUGUGUCGUUGCGUUGUCAGACGAAGCAGAGGAGGCCAUGAUGUUUUCGAGCACGACACGCAUGCGUACCGAGCUCGUGCGCCUUGCGCAGACCCAGGCCAACAAGAUCAAGGACGUGGCCCAGCGCCACUCGUUCCUGUCCUCCAUUUACGAGGUCGUCAUGCGGGAGCUCGUCGCUGGUCCCGGCGCGCCCACGCACCCGCGUCUCCAGAGCGAGCUAUCGUUCUUCCGCACGCGCGAGGAGGAGGCGCGGAGGAGGAUCGCGCAGCAGUGA